AUGCUUUACAAUUCAUGUGGGUAUCUGUUUUAUGCACUUGCUUAUCUUGAACUAUACCCAGUUUAUAUUUGCCCUGCUGAUAUUCCUAAAUGCGAUCAUACUGACAAGUGUAGAGAUCCCUCAAUUCAAGUUGAUUGGAAUAAUGAUAAAUCUCUUCACAACUGGGUUGAUAAGUUAGAUCUCACAUGUGUUGAGCCCUAUAAAGUAGGUUUAAUUGGAUCAAUGUUUUUCGCUGGGUGGAUCUAAUAUUUGGACAGAUUGACUUCAGUGGCUAAGGAAGGUACAUCUUAUGUUUACUUACUAGAAAUGAUACCACAGAAAAGUGUUACUGCUAUAUCUACAAUUGCCUUAUUUACAGACGGGGCUACUUUGAUUUGGAUCUCCCUCUACUUUAAAUUCAUUACUAAUGAGUAUUUGUAUCUUCUAAUUUUUGGCAUUACCAUUACUGGAAUUUCAAAUUUUGCAAUGCAAUUCAUUCCUGAAUCUCCUAAGUUUUACUAUAGUAUUAAACAGUAUGACUUAGCUAGGAAAAGUCUGAGAUAUAUUGCAAGAUUUAAUGAAGUCUAAGAAUAUGUAGAUUGUAAUUUGAAGAAACUAAGGAUUAUAGUCAGAAUUUAAUUGGAAUUGAGUAAGAUUAAUUUGAGACCUUGCUAAAUCAUUAAGAAAAAGAAUGCUUGGGAAUUAAAGAAUUAGGAAGAAGAUGAUGGUGAGUUAGAUGGAUCAAUGAAAAUGCUUUUAAAAAACAAGAAACAUCUUACAAAUCUAUUGAUUCUAGGUUUCCUUUGGAUUACAGCUUCAUUCGAUUACUAUUUGAUAAAUUUUUAGCUUAAAUACAUAAAGGGAGAUAUAUAUGCCAAUACAGUUGUCUCUUCAGUUAGUGAAGUUGUAGCUUAUGCCUUAACAGGGGCAAUCUUUAAGUUCCUUGGCUUUAGAAAAUCAUUUGUCAUUGCUUUUGUUAUAUCUAUUAUUGGAUCAGUUUUGUACAUUACUCUUAAAAAUAGCGCUGAAAGCUUAUUACCAGUGAUGAUUUUAGCUGCUAAGUUUGGAAUAUCUGCUUCAUUCAGCUUAGUCUAUUUAUCAGUUACCUUGUUUCCUACUUAAUAUGCAUCUACUUGUAUUGGUAUUUGGAAUUUAGUAGCUAGAGUUGGCUCUAUUUUGGCUCCAUAAGUUGCUGAAAUCGAAGGCAUUCUUCCGAUGAUCCUAUUUUGUAUUAUGGCUGGAAUUGCAGCUAUAUCAUCAUUAUUUAUCAGAACUAGUGCUAAAUAAAAUGCUUAAUAAUGA